AUGCACAGCACAAUCCAUGCUACCCACCUUAUGGCAUACAAUGCUAAUGUUGAUCAGAUAUCUCGCGUCGAUCUGAUGCAGACCAGACACCAAGCGGCGUUUGGUAAUGCUAGUCUGUCAAGCGUCGGCUAG